AUUAUUCUCUCUUUAGGUUUUUAAACCCAGCAGUUGGUUCCCAGUCGGCCUCUGGUCUUUCAGCAGAGUGACGUUAUGGGGGGCUCAUCAUCUUCUCAGUCCAAGCCAGAAGAGGAACCUGUGACGCGCAGCAGCAGCUUUGAAUUCCUGCCACCUAACAUGUCUGAGCUGAGGGUUGUUCUGCUGGGGAACAGCUGGUCUGAAAAGAGUUCAGUGGGGAACUUCAUACUGGGAGAGACUAAGUUCAACACUCAGGAAGAACCAGACGACUGUCUGAGAGUCAGUGGACGAUUGAAGGGGAAAGAAAUAGUUCUGAUCAACACCCCAGAUCUGCUGCUUCCCAGCAUCUUACAACAGAGUCUGAGAAGACCUCUAGAAAACUGUGUGAGACUCUGUGAUCCUGGACCUCAUGUGUUCCUGCUGGUUCUACAGCCUGAAGACUUCACUGAGGAACACAAACUGAGGCUCUGCAGAGUCCUGGAACUCUUCAGUCAUAGAUCAUUUGAUCAUUCACUGGUUCUGAUAUCAACACCCAGAGAGGAGAGCUCAGGUUUCAUGGAAAAAUACAUGAACCAUCCUCCCUUAAAGGAGAUGAUCAGAAAAUGUCACUACAGGUUUCUGUGGAGGAAAAACCUUGAACUUCCAGAGCUGUUAACUCGCCUGGGUCAGGUUGUGAAAGAGAACAAUGGAAAGCCUCUGAGCUUAAGAGAUAUGUCACCCAUGAUGUUCAGCAUCAGAUGUGGAUUUCAGGAGUCUGCCUAUUUAAGAGAAAUUGCAAGCUGCAGCAGCAAUGGCCACCAGCAGUCUGUGCAGCCAGAUGUGCCACCUGUGACGCGCAGCAGCAGCUUUGAAUUCCUGCCACCUAACAUGUCUGAGCUGAGGGUUGUUCUGCUGGGGAACAACUGGUCUCAGAGGAGUUCAGUGGGGAACUUCAUACUGGGAGAGACUAAGUUCAACACUAAAGGAGAACCAGACGACUGUCUGAGAGUCAGAGGACGUUUGAAGGAGAAAGAAAUAGUUCUGAUCAACACACCUGAUCUGCUGCAUCCCAGGAUCUCACAACACAGACUGAGAAGACCUGUAGAAAGGUGUGUAAGACUUUCUGAUCCUGGACCUCAUGUGUUCCUGCUGGUUCUACAGCCUGAAGCCUUCGAUGAGAAAGGCAGACUGAGGCUCUGUACAAUCCUCAAAUAUCUCAGUGAUCGAUCAUUUGAUCACUCACUGGUGCUGAUAUCAACACCAAGAGACAAGAGUCCAGGUUUCAUGGAAAAAUACAUGAACCAUCCGCCCUUAAAGGAGAUGAUCAGAAAAUGUCACUACAGGUUUCUGUGGAGGAAAAACCUUGAACUUCCAGAGCUGUUAACUCGCCUGGGUCAGGUUGCGAAAGAGAACAAUGGAGAGCAUCUGAGUUUAAGAGAGCCAGACAUGUCACACAUGAUGUUCAGCAGCAGCUUUGGAUUUUGUGCUAUAUGA